CCUUUAAAUGGGAAGAGCAGGGGAGUGGGGGUGAAGUGGUAUGUUCCUCUCCUAGCAGCUGAUACCAUCCAUCCUAAAAAUAGAACCAAUCACUCAGCCAGCCACACAGACACACAUUGAGCUCUCUCUAGUCAAUUCUGUCUUCUCUAAAAGUAAGGAAAAUAAUUUAAAACAUUUACAGAAACUACGCCAACUCUACGAGAAGUCAAGAUGCCAAAGAUUGUGAGACCAGAGGACUGUCAACCAGCCAGAACUCUGUGGUACGACCGGAAAAAGUACGUCACAAUCAACUUUAUGGUUCAAAACCCAAAAGAUGUUCAGGUAGAUAUUCAGGACACAAAAAUUAUUUUGAGCUGUAAAGAUGUGGAUGACAACAAUAUCUACAAUGAAAUUGAAUUUUAUGAUCGCGUAUUUAAAUCUGAUUCAAGGGAGAAGGUCUUUGACCGAACAAUUAAUGUCUUAAUAAGGAAAGUAAAGGAAAAUGUGGCAUGGCCACGACUCCAGAAAGAUACAGCAAAGCCAGCAUGGCUGUUAGUAGACUUUGAUAACUGGAGGGACUGGGAACACGAGGAGGAAGAUGGCAUGGCAGAAUAUGAUCAGUAUAUGGAUAUGCUUAAUGAAAUGAAGAACAAAGGAGAGCCACCUGCCAUGGAUGACCUGGAUGAUCUUGACACUUUUUUGUCUUCUUCACAGAGUGACUGAGUGGAGCACCGUUGUCCAAGACGGAUCUUUACGGCCCAGUUUUUCUAAAUAUUAUGAAUGCAGUAAAAGCCAAUUCACACUGUUGUUGGCAUUGUGAGCUAGACUUACCGUAUGUAAUAUGUAACUGUCACAUGUUUACCUUAGAUUUUCUUGACUUCCUUGCGAAACAAAUCAUUGUUCCGUUGUGAGAAACAAAAUUAGUUGUGUAUUUAUUUUCUAUUUGUGCUGUUAUAAAUACAACAGGAAAUUGCUUAUGUAUAUUCGUAUGCUAUGAAAUGUAUGUUUUCUACAUUAAAGACUUUAAUGUCCUA